ACUGUUUAAAGAAGUGAAUACUGUCUCCUGUCCAACACAAAAUAUUGUAUUUACCUUAGCCUCUCUUGCUAUACAGGCUGGACGCAAAGAAAGAAGUGACGCAUUGAAUUCUGCAAUAGACAAAAUGACUAAAAAGACCAGGGACCUGCGUAGACAGCUCCGCAAAGCUGUUAUGGAUCAUGUGUCCGAUUCUUUUCUGGAAACCAACGUUCCACUUUUAGUAUUGAUUGAAGCUGCCAAGAAUGGGAAUGAAAAAGAAGUUAAGGAGUAUGCACAGGUUUUCCGUGAACAUGCCAAUAAGUUGAUUGAGGUAAGGUCAUACAAACCAACUGAAGUUACCAGUUUUACGAAUUUUAGCUUAAUUUCUAAUUUGUUUUCAAACUGGUGUUCUAGCUGUUAACACAUUUUAUAGUAU